AGGAGAGUACAACCAGCGUAAGACUUCCCUCAGCACCAGUGGAUGAAGGGAGAGGUCACUUUGGUCAAGCAUAGGGAGCUUCCCCUGGUGCUUGCAUGACUUCGGACAACAGGCUGUUUACUGUGGAGCUGUCAAGUGCACGGAUGGGAAUGUCAGCACGCGCAUGAGGAUCCCCAUGGGAAUGAAGCAUCAUCAUCAGUCCUGUUUCGGCAUAAAAGUGAGAUUCACGAGACUCCUCUAAGAUGUCUUACAGAAAGGAGCUAGAAAAAUACCGAGACCUGGAUGAAGACAAGAUCCUUGGAGCUCUGACAGAGGAGGAGCUCAGGAAGUUAGAGAAUGAACUGGAAGAGCUGGAUCCUGAUAAUGCAUUGCUGCCAGCAGGGCUCAGGCAGCGGGAUCAGACGCAAAAGCCACCAACUGGCCCGUUCAAAAGGGAGGAACUCAUGGCCCACCUAGAAAAGCAGGCGAAGGAUGUUAAAGACAGAGAAGACUUGGUUCCUUUCACGGGUGAAAAGAGAGGAAAAGCUUGGAUCCCCAAGCAGAAGCCGAUGGAUCCUGUUUUGGAAAGUGUGACUCUGGAGCCGGAACUGGAGGAAGCCCUUGCUAAUGCCUCUGAUGCAGAGCUCUGUGACAUUGCUGCCAUCCUUGGCAUGCACACCUUGAUGAGUAACCAGCAGUACUAUGAGGCACUGGGGAGCACCACUAUUGUGAACAAAGAAGGACUCAACAGUGUGAUUAAGCCCACACAGUACAAACCAGUUCCUGAUGAGGAACCAAACUCAACGGAUGUGGAGGAAACUCUGAAACGAAUACAAAGCAAUGAUCCUGACCUUGAGGAAGUCAACCUUAACAAUAUUAUGAAUAUUCCCAUACCAACUUUAAAAGCUUUUGCGGAAGCGCUGAAAAAUAACACCUACGUGAAGAAGUUCAGUAUAGUUGGGACACGGAGCAACGAUCCUGUUGCUUUCGCACUGGCAGAAAUGCUGAAGGUCAAUAACACGCUGAAGAGCCUGAACGUGGAAUCGAACUUCAUUUCUGGGUCAGGGAUCCUGGCUGUUGUCGAAGCGCUCCAGGGCAACACAUCGCUCAUAGAGCUGCGCAUUGACAACCAGAGCCAGCCCUUGGGCAACAAAGUAGAAAUGGAAAUCGCGGACAUGUUGGAAAAAAACACCUCCCUGCUGAAGUUCGGGUACCAUUUCACCCAGCAAGGUCCCCGGCUCCGCGCCUCCAAUGCCAUGAUGAAUAACAAUGACCUAGUGAGGAAGAGAAGACUUGCAGAGUUGAACGGGCCUAUUUUUCCCAAGUGCAGAACUGGAGUGUAGUUCCUGGCUAUGGAGGUCAUUCCCAGUGAUCUGUGCUACGCUGUGGAAAUCUAAAGGCAAUAAGUGCCUUGACAGAGUAUUUGUGGUGCCUCGGUUCUGUUUUAUGCACUAACAGUUUAAAUUAACAGUGGCUGUAGUUGAAGAUUUUA